CGUGCUUUCGCUCUGGUCACACUGCACCGAGUAUAUGUGGGCGGACGGACACUCCAUUGAGCGGACAAGAAAACUGUCUAAUUUUGCAGCGAGUUCCACCAAUUUCGACAGAAAUAGUGUUCAUCGCUCACUAGUAAUGUUCGUCUCCAAAUAUGCUACCGGGAAGAGUCAGGAAAACUAGAACACUGCUCACUUUGGAGGAGAAAAUGGAGGUAAUCCGGUCCCAGGAGCGAAAUAAGCUAACGGUUCGGGAUCUGGCUAAGAGAUUCAACAUUGGGAAGACACAAGCAGCAGACAUUUUGAAGCACAAACAGUCGAUUAAAGAGGGUUUGUUGACCGGAGAACUGAAAAUGAACCAGAUGCGAAGGAAUCCCCUCAGUCAGCGGGGCGCCCAGAUCGAUGAGAUGUGCUUCGAUUGGUUCUCGCGAGUUCGGAGCGAAAACAUACCCAUAUCAGGGGAAAUGGUCCGGGAGAAGGCCAAGCAGAUAGCGGUGGAACUGGGCUACUCCAAUUUCUCCGCAUCCUCCGGAUGGCUGGAGAAAUGGCGGAAGCGACACAACAUCGGUUACAAUGCCACCGGUGACAGCCUGGAUCUACAGGAGUUCGAGGCCAUUCUGGUCAAAAGCGAACCCAUAUCGAAUAAGGAUGAUUGUGAUGAGCCUUAUCCCGUGACUUUGAUAGAGCCUAUCUACUCCACCGAAGAGGCUAUGAUGCAGUUGGCCCGCCUAAAGGAAUUCGCUAAGGAUGACUAUGUUUCCUACCAGCAGUUGCUCAGCCUGGAAAACCAGUGGAGCUGGAAGUGGAACAUUUUUAAGAAGGAGCUUCCUUGACCUAAGCAGGCAAUAUAAAUGCAAUAUAAAUACAAAUUUUGGUCGAAUCUAGUAGUAAAAGUUAUUUAAUGUAUGUUUAUUUUAUAAGUAUAACAUCGUUGAAGAUUACUAAUCAUUCUUUCUUUAAAACUAUUGGGUUAUUCUAUCCAUGACAUUGCUCGUAAUUAUAUAAAAUACACGACUCAUAAGGGCCGCUUGCCAAAAAAAAAAUUAUAUAUAUAUAUAAUGAAGAAUUUUAAACACUAUA